AUGGUCGAUUGUGCCAUGGGAAACAACGCCCCCGAUGCGAGCUUCGUGGCUAGACACAAGCCGUCUUUUCUAGUCCUGGCGUCCCAGGUCUCAGCUGCUUUCAUCCAUGGCAUCGUCAAGGUCCUCGAGACAGGGGAGCGCCCUGUCCACCCCUUCCAGAUCCUCCAGGUCCGGCUCUUCAUCACCGGCAUCAGCUGCACGUUAUACCUGUGGUGCAGCGGCUUUCCUGACUUUUUUCUCGGGCCCAAGGAUGUUCGCCCACUUCUGGUCAUAAGGGCUGUCGGCGGAUUUCGAUCAUUUAUCUAA